AUGUCUGUUCCGGAAACCUGGCGACAUGGCAUCGGGCCGCUCUACAUGAUCUCCAAGCCCCCGUUCACUAUUGAGCUUCCCGGCGCACCCGAAGUCGAAGGAGAGACCAAGCCGCGCAUACACCCCCUUGCUAAAGAUGGCCUCGUCACGCGCCCCGACCCAGAAGUCGAUACUGUCUUUCGUCUUGUCAAGCGUUCUGCCGAGAAGUACGCCAAUGAGCGCUGUAUCGGCACCCGUGAGCUGAUUCAGCUCCACGAAGAGAUUAAGAAGGUGCCCAAGAUCAUCGACGGCAAGAAAGAGAUGGUCGACAAGAAAUGGCAAUACUUUGAGCUGUCCGACUAUUCAUACAUUACAUAUGCCGAGUAUGAGACGUACCUGCUUAACCUGGCCUCCGGGCUGCGCAAGCUGGGCGUGGAGAAGGGUGACAAGGUGCAUAUGUUCGCUUCGACCAGUGCGAACUGGCUGGCGAUUGCACAUGCCUGUUCUUCCCAGACCUUCACCAUUGUCACUGCAUACGAUACGCUGGGUGUGGCCGGCGUGGAGCAUACAAUGGUCCAGAGCAAGCCCAAGGCCAUGUUCACCGACCCCCACCUGUUUAAGACGGCCUCGGGUGCGCUGGACAAGGCAGACUCCAUCAAGAUCGUGAUUUACAACGACAAGUCCGUCAUACAGCCCAUAAAACAGUCCGAAAUCGACUCCUUCAAAGCAGCCCACCCGAACCUAACCGUCCUGAGCGCGUCCGAGCUGGCUUCCCUUGGCGAGUCCAACCCAGUCCCUCCUUUUGAACCGUCACCUGAAGAUACUUACUGCAUCAUGUACACAUCCGGCUCGACUGGUCCUCCCAAGGGUGUAUCGAUGACCCAUGCAAACUUUGUUGCGGCGGUGGCCGGCUUCGUGGGUAUUCUACGGAACAGUGUUAGUACCAACGAGAUGGUCCUGGCCUACCUGCCGCUUGCACACAUCCUUGAGAUGGCUAUCGAGAACCUGGUCCUUUUCUUCGGCGCGACUAUGGGUUACGGCAGUACGCGCACCCUGUCCGACGUGAAUGUGAAGAAUUGUGCUGGGGACAUGCGCGCCUUCGGGCCGUCUCUCCUUGUAGGCGUGCCACAGAUCUGGGAGACCAUCAAGAAGGGUGUCAUAAGUCGUGUGAACGGAUCCUCGCCUGUUGUCCGUGCCAUGUUCUGGGGUGCCGUCAACGCCAAGAGUUUUCUGGUUAAGAAUAACCUACCUGGGCAGACAAUCUUCGAUUCGCUCGUGUUUGGCCAGGUUCGAAAGCUCACGGGCGGCAACCUGCGGUUUAUCGUCAACGGCGCCAGCGGCAUUUCCAAAGAAACUGCUCAUUUCAUGUCGAUGUUGCUGGCGCCCAUGAUUCAGGGCUACGGUCUCACCGAGACUGGUGGCAACGGUGCCGUGAUGUCACCCCAGGAGUUCACCCUCGACGGUUCAUGCGGUCCUAUAUCGCCCUCCAUCCAGUGCAAGCUGGUCAGCAUCCCCGAGCUGGACUACUGGGCGAACACGACCCCACCACAGGGAGAAAUCUGGUUCCGUGGCGGCCCAGUCCUCAAGGAGUACUACAUGAAUCCGGAGGAGACCGAGAAGGCCAUCACUCCAGACGGCUGGUUCAAGACGGGAGAUAUCGGUGAGUUUGACAAGUUCGGCCACCUCAAGGUGAUCGACCGCGUCAAGAACCUCGUCAAGUUACAGGGUGGAGAGUACAUCGCGCUCGAGAAGCUGGAGUCUGUCUAUCGCAGCUCCAAGGCUGUGCAGAACAUCAUGGUACACGGCGACAGCGAACACCCGCGGCCCAUCGCUGUCAUCUUUGUCAACGAGCCCGCUGUUAAGGAUAUUGCGAGGGCCGCUGGUGUCCAUCCCGACGAGCACGGCAUGCUCAAGGACAAGAGUGUUACCGAUGCUGUGCUCAAAGACCUGUUGGCGCAGGGGAAAGCAGCUGGUCUCAGCGACCUGGAGCUGGUGACGGGUGUUGUCCUGACGGAUGAGGAGUGGACCCCGCAGAACGGCCUGGUCACGGCUACCCAGAAGGUGAACCGUCGUGCGUGCAGGGAGAAGUACAAGACGGACAUCGAGAAGACGUUCAAGUAG